AUGGGUGAAAUGAUAUUCUCGGAUAUGAUAGAGAUCGACAUAUCAGAAAAACACCUCAUGGAUAGAUUAUCGUUACAACAGCGUGACAUAACCCUAGGAUUUCUCAACGCUGGUGUACACCAAACAGAGUUUGAAUUGUUACUUCGUGAGCAAAUAAAAGAAAUAAAACCGGCAUUGAAACCUACUAUCGUACUUGUUGGACCUGUUGGAGCAGGAAAGUCUUCAUUUGUUAAUGCAAUAUUAUCUGUUUCUAAUGGACGUAAGUUUGAUAUUGCUGUGACUGCAAGUGGGUACAAAAGUUGUACAACAUGUUAUGAUAAAUAUUCAGAUAAAUGCUUACUACAAAAUUUUCGUCUAAGGGACUGCAUGGGGAUAGAACAAAGUGCUGAGGAAGGAUUAAAUGUUGCUGACAUGGUUUCUCUUCUUAAAGGGCAUGUUAAGGAUGGUUAUAUGUUCGACCCAAGACGCCCAAUUUCACGGCUAAACGGAAAUUACUGGCGUGAAUGUCCCAGGUUCGAACAUCAGACCCAUUGUGUUGUUUUUGUAGCUGAUGCAAAUGUCAUGCAUUCUGGCGUUCCUCAGGCCUAUGUCAGGAAAAUUAAACAAAUACAAGAUGCAGUGAAGCAAUUACGUAUACCAAGUGUUUUGAUCUUGUCAAAAGCUGACGUUCUUUGCCAAGAGGUUCAAAAGGACAUUACAAACAUGUUCCGAAGCGUUAAGGUUAGAGAAGCUGUUAUAAAAGCAAGCGAAGAGUUUAAUAUUCCGUUAGCCUCCAUUCAUCCAGUUUGGAAUUAUGAAGAUUCUUUUGAAAUCAGUUGGAAAAGGAACAUACCACUUCUGCUCGCCUUUAGGCAAAUUACACAGUAUGCAAAUGAGAAGAUUGAUGCUUUCAACGAACAAGCUAUCGUUACAAACAUAUGUUAUGGCAGGAGUGACUUUUAUACCUUUUGA